AUGGCUCCAUCCACCUCGCAUCGCUCCGACCCACUGCCGUUCCUGUACACGCUAUUCUUCCUCUACAUCGAGCCCGUCGCGACCGCCUCCGGAGCGUACAUGGCCCACUUGCAGCAGAGCGAGUAUUUGGCCCUCACGUGGCCCUCGCUCCGCGCCACCACCUUUGGCGGCGUCACCGCUCCCGAAAGCAUCGUCCUGACGCAACUCGCCAACAUGUACGCCGCCUUUGCCCUGAGCGAAGCUUUGGUGCUACGAUCCACUACCGACCGUCGGGUGUGGAAAACUUUCCUACUGGUCCUUCUGAUUGCCGAUUUCGGGCAUCUGUACAGCGUGCGCCUCUCGGGCCUCGAGAUCUACUAUCGCUUCUGGGAGUGGAAUGUCAUGGAUUACGGUAACAUUCUAUUCGUGUACGUCGGCGCGCUGCACCGCAUUCUCUUCUUGCUCGGCGUGGGCCUCGAUCAGAAACGCCCCGCCAAGACCAAGAAGUGA